AGAGGCCGUUUCUUUGCCUCUUAUAAACUUCCUUUUCUUACAUAGAACACAAAACUCAAGUCUUUUUGUUCGAAUCACACCGGUGGCCUCAAACUGAUAAGAAGCACGCACGCAAGGUACGGUCUUAUGUGGGCUUCUUGGAUCCGCUCAAUGGAUAACUCCCACUUGUGUCGUUUGUGAAAAGAGAGACUUCUCAACUCAUAAACCCAUUCGAUAUCUUUUUUUCUUUUUGAUUGUUUCGAGUUUUUAACUUCAACCCUGUUGUUUGUUUUCUCCGUUUCAUUCUAUUUUCUUGCUGGUUGUUUUGCUUAUGGGAUAUUGAACGGGAUUUGCUCUCUGGAUUUUUGAUUUUCGUAUCUUUCUGGUUCUUGUUGAGAAAUGAUGUCAAUGACAUGCCACGGUCUCGAUUUUGGAGGGACUGUGUUUGAUUUGGCGGCUUGUGGGUGCUCCUCCAAUGUUUCAAUGGAUAGGCGUUCAGUGAGGAAUUAUGCAAGGUCGGUUUCUAGGACUUGUAAUAGGGACUAUGCUGCCAGAAGAUUGCUUUGCUACUGGAGAGAUAUUGCUCGGUGUCGUGUUUCUUCGACCAAGACCCCUAAGACUCUGCUUAAUGGAGUUACUCAAGGUCCUUCAACACUGUUGACUUUGAAGGAGUCAAGAGGCUCAAUUAAAUUGAAAAAUGUGUUUGAAGUGGUUGCUGAUGAUCUCCAGACUCUUAACCAAAACCUCCGGUCGAUUGUUGGUGCAGAAAACCCAGUUUUAAUGUCUGCAGCUGAUCAGAUAUUUGGUGCCGGUGGGAAGAGGAUGCGACCAGCUUUGGUAUUCCUAGUGUCAAGAGCCACUGCAGAAAUAGUAGGGUUAAAGGAACUUACUAUGAAACAUAGGCGUUUAGCAGAGAUCAUUGAGAUGAUCCAUACUGCAAGCUUAAUACAUGAUGAUGUACUAGAUGAAAGCAACAUGCGAAGAGGAAAAGAAACUAUUCAUAAGCUUUAUGGCACAAGGGUGGCAGUACUAGCUGGGGACUUCAUGUUUGCACAGUCUUCAUGGUACCUAGCAAAUCUUGAAAACAUUGAAGUCAUUAAGCUUAUCAGUCAGGUUAUUAAGGACUUCGCAAGUGGUGAAAUAAAGCAGGCAUCUAGUUUGUUCGACUGUGCUGUCGAACUCGAGGAGUAUUUGAUAAAGAGCUAUUACAAAACUGCCUCUUUAAUUGCUGCUAGUACCAAAGGAGCUGCUAUUUUCAGUGGGGUGGAAAGCAGUGUUGCUGAACAAAUGUAUGAAUAUGGUAAGAAUCUUGGUCUGUCCUUCCAAAUUGUUGAUGAUAUACUGGAUUUUACACAGUCAGCGGAGCAGCUGGGGAAGCCAACUGGCAGCGACCUGGAAAAAGGGAACCUCACCGCACCUGUAAUAUUUGCACUGGAGAAAGAACCAAAGCUGAGAGAAAUCAUCGAGUCUGAAUUCUGUGAGACUGAUUCUCUCAAUGAAGCCGUUGAGUUAGUUAAGAAGUGUGGGGGAAUUGAAAGAGCACAAGAAUUAGCAAAGGGGAAAGCUGAUCUUGCAAUCCAGAAUCUUAAUUGUCUUCCUCGGGGUGCAUUUCGAUCAGCUCUCGAGGAAAUGGUGUUGUACAAUCUCGAACGGAUUGAAUAGUAGAUUUUUUUCCUUUUUUUUGUUGUGCAAGAUACUGCUUGAUGGGAAACAAAUAAGAAGAAGCUAGAUCAGAAUACUGUAUCAGUGCUGCAAUCGUAUUCUGCAGAAUAGGUCAACUCCACAGAAGAGAAGCUGCUGGAGACUGGUUGUAUAUUAGUUGAAGCAUAGAACUAUGAUUCUGAUCAUAAUAUUGUUUAUUAAAUUACAAUAGUUUCACUGAAAA